GCUAUUGGCUGGAAGGUUUCAGGUUCCUGCGCACUGCCGAUGAACCACUCAUAAACGGUGCUCGCAGUGACUACAUCCACAAACCAACCUGUGUGGGAACAUGUCGCAGUACACGCUGGCAGUUCACGUGCAGAUCCUGCUGGCUGUGGGUCUAGCUGUAUUCUGCUAUUGUCUCGUUCUUGGCUGCAUCCUUUGCUGCCGCAGAAGAAAGAAAGUUUCAUUGGAGGACAAAGAGGCAGUUUUCUUGUCUCCACAUCCUGUGGAGAGAGUGACUGUGACGCUGACUCCUUCUCCCUGUACACAGCUUGUGAAGCAGCAAUAUGAAGAGUUGGAUGGGGAUGUGUUAGAAUUUCCUUCCUCUAAAAGCAGCUCUUCUCCCUCUGAUGAUGACCUCACUGCUCUGCCCUUUGACUCCAGCCCUACCAGGUCAGAUGAGCUGGCACAAUCUCCUAAAUCGUCUUUCCCAUUGCGGCGCCUCAGCACUCCUGCAGUUCCCUGCUCACCUAACAAACCACCAAGACACGGCCGAGCCUCUUUGCCUUCUCUUACUAGGUUGAGUUUUGUGUCCAAAUCCCGUCGAGCGAUUGGCCGGCGCAGCACUGUGAGCGGUGAAAGUUUUAUUUACAAUGAGAGCAGCUGUCUGACUGCAGGUGUUGCCAGACCUCCCGUCGAGCAGGGAGGGCCUUGCCCAUCCCAGUAUGGCUCUAACUCUCUUGCCAUCCCUUCCAAGCCAGCUCCACUCCUUCACUUCUCCGUGCUCUUCUCCCCUGCCUGCGGCACCCUGGUGGUCAACAUCCUGGGUCUCUCGGGGGUCAGUCGAAGGCGCAGUGGGGUUUUUGUUAGGGCCAGCCUUCCACCGCUCUGCCCCUCCCCUCAGCAGAUAGCUUCACGGCGGCGCAGCCUCAGCCCAGAGCUCCACAACCAGAGCUUUGUACUGCAGGUGGGCUCUGUGGAGGAGCUGCGGACCUGUACCUUGAAACUGGCUGUCUACAGUAGGGACUUCACUGGUCUAAGAGAGGCCGCGCUGGGUGUGGUGGAGUUGCCCUGUGAGCAGUUGGAUUGGGAGCCUGACAUCGCCACUACCUACACCAGGCAGCUCAGCCCAACUAAGAGCAAGCUGAAAAAGAGUCUGAGCUCUCAGGAAACGCUGGGACGCAGGAAGAGCUCUGUGUGCAUGCCUCGGGCUUUGGGGCAACUGUUCAUCCUGCUGCAGUACCAGACACUGGCCCAGCGCAUCAAGGUGAUGGUUCGAAAGGCUGAGAAUCUGGCCAAGCUCACACGGAUCCCAGGAACUCCAGACCACUAUGUUGUCAUUAACUUGCGUCAGGAUGGGAAGGUAAUUGGUACUAAGGAGACUAAAGGGGCCAGUGGUCCAAACCCCAUCUGGAACGCUCCAUUCCUAUUUGACCUGCCGCCCGGUGACAUCAGUCAGUUACCACUGGUGCUUGAAUUCAUUGUCAUGCAGGGCCGCCUCUACACUAAGAGCAGUAUUCUUGGCCGCGUGCUGAUUGGCAGCGAUGUUUCCGAGGAGGGACAGGGACACUGGAAGGAAAUGUGCAGUCGGGGACAAAUAGAAAGUACUCGCUGGCAUACUAUCCAGUCAGAUGCACUGUAAAAGUGACUGAUUGGCACACUGUGGAACUGUCCCUUUGCUGCCUAGUGAGUGUCUUUGAUGUGGAGUUAGUGGGGGAAAAACAUGUGAAGGGGAGGCAGACAGCUCAUGUUCAUCCAAAGUAUUUGUUUUGGUCUUUUUUUUUUUUUUUUUUAAAUUUUCGAUAGCAAUGAUAAUAGUUUCCAAUUACCAGUAAAUAAUCCCGAGUUAAAUAAGUACUAAAACUAUAUAAGGAAGAGACAACUUAGAUAGUCCAUGUACAUCUAGAGGCUUGUAGAAGGAAAAAAAAAAAAUCUAAUCUGCAUCCAAAGUAUGACACAGGGGGGCUGUGAAGCUGUUUUCUCCAUAUCAAUAAUAGUUUGAAUCCACGCAUUUGUUUUUGCAGUUCUUUCAACUGUGACUUCUUAAAACUGUAGUCUAUAAAACUGUUAUUAUGGAUGUUGUAGUGCUAUUUGUAUUGUGACCAGAGGCUAUGAAUGGUAAUGUUGACUAGUACAAUGAUUUCUGUUACAAAGCAUUUACAGUGUGCCUGCCACUGCUCAUUGUAUGCAGCUGUAUAUAAAUGUGCCAGUAUUUGUCCAUGUUCUACUACUCCAACUCGAAAUGCCUCAAGAGGGAAAAAUAUUUUGUCUUCUCCACAGCUACUGGAAAUAAAAAUGAGGGGACAUUUUGAUUUAGUUAUACAUUGUAGUUUUAUAUUAGCAAAUGCAUGACUUAAAAAAUAUAUCAUGCUUUCAACUAUGUAUAUUUAACGCUAAUGCAGAGCAAAUUUAUGGAAAACCCCCCUUAUCAGACCCCUUUUUUCCAUUUUGUCUGACUGUGGCAGCAUGACUUACUGUUAUUGUGCAGCAGUUUUAAAAAAACACUGUGAUUGCCUACAAUUGAAAGAAAAGUAAAUAUGAAGGAUUAAAACCAUGGCACCAAAACUAAGGAAACCAGUUAUGUUUUUAAUAAGAAUUUCAUAUUAAAAGAUAUUUGAAAAUUUUUACAGCUGCUGUAAAUGUGUGAACACUUAUCAACAUCAUUUGUGAGCAUUCACAUACAUAAUAAUGAUGAUCUAAUUUUAGCAAGGAAUUGUGUGCUUGUGUGUGUAGUAUACCGAUCAUGUGGAUGCCUGCGGUGGUCUGUGUUGUCUGAACUGUAGAUGUUUUUAGAAGAUUUAAAAACAUCAAUAAAGGAUAUUUUUUUUUUCCAAGUAUAAACUGAUUCUAUUAAAAACUUAUCAGUCAGUGAAACCAUUUCCUGAUGGUGUGUUCAGGGACACAAAGACAACAGAAAGCAGCGGUCUAAAUAAUAAAGUCAUCAUCAAGUCAUUAUCAGUUGUGAUAAUGUCUGGUGUCUCAUGAAUACUAGCUCAUCAUUAAUGUUCGUAAUGAUUUUCCCACUUUAACAAUUUUAUGGUAUUUGUUGUGGAAAAAAAUAUUUUUCAUGUUAGCUUUGAAUUGUAAUGUUUACUUUUUAGUGAAGAUGUUUUUACUGUUGGAAUUCUACAAAUCUUUAACCUGCAAUCUUUUUAAUGGACACCAGGGGGUGACAAGUAUCCUGCAAGGCCAAAUAUGUAUAAACAGCUUACAAGUAAAUUCGGCCUAUACAGAAGAAGCCGAAAAGGCUGCCCACUCUCUCCCUUUUUUUCAGUUUGGCCACUGAACCUCUCAGUCAGAAGGAGUAAGGAGUUUUAUUGAAUUGAUAAAGCAAAAACUAGCAACAGAAUCUUGUUACAUGCCGACGACAUUAUUUUAUAUUUGACUAAUCCAGAGAACUGAGGUUGAGUAGGAUAUACCCUAACCCAUCCUCUAAAUGCCACAGGUGCAAAACCUACACUGGAUCAAUCAUUCAUAUUUUUGGGAAUGUAGAAAAUUAAAACACUUCUGGAAAGAGGUGUGUGACUUGACUGUUACAGUCUUGGAAUGCUUGAUGGACAUGUGACCAGUAAGAUACCUUUUUGGUACAGAACUAGAAAAGACACUGGACCCUAGUUCAAUGAAAAGGAUUAGCAUGCAACAAAGAAAUGCAUCCUGCUUAACUGGAACCAGCAAACCCAAAACCUUCACUCUGUGUAAACAGAUUCUGAAUAAUACACUUUGAUUGGAGCAACACAUAU